UGUAAUUGAGUUGUCAUAAUAUCCACAGAUAAGUAAAUGCAUCAUUAAAAUAAAUGAAAGUUUAAUUAGUUUACCAGUUGAAUAAAUUAAGAAAAAGGAAUGGAUCCCAGUGAAGAAAUGUGUGCGAGCCUUGCAAAAUGGCUGCAAAAAAUUAUUCCUAACAAUACCAGAAAUAUAUCUGAAAUUGGUGAUGGUGUUGGGAUGUUGGAUGCCCUUAUUCAAAUUGCACCAGAACAUUUUGCUAAACUCGAGACAAAAAUUAAAAGAGAUGUUGGGUCAAAUUGGCGACUAAGGGUUAGCAAUCUUAAAAAAAUUGUAGAGGCAGUCGUAGAAUAUUAUCAGGAUGUGCUCUCACAGCAAAUUUUAGAAAUAGGGCGUCCCGAUGUCAAUAAAAUUGGUGAAAACAGCGAUCCUGUUCAACUUGCAAAACUUCUGCGUUUAAUAUUAGGUUGUGCAAUAAACUGUGACAGAAAACAAGAAUAUAUUACGAUGAUAAUGGAAAUGGAAGAAUCAGUACAGCAGAAUAUAAUGCAAGCGAUUCAACAAUUGGAAGAGGUGACAGGAGGACCUGGUAGAUCAAGCUUAAGUCUCCUCAUAUGGGACAGUGAUACAAGAGUGGUUAAGCUGGUUGGUGAUUUAGAAGCAGCAAAUAAAGCCAAAGAAACUCUAACACAACAAGUACAGAAUUUGGAGCAACAAAUUCAAGUACUAAUUGAAGAAAAACAAGCAUUACAAGCACAAAAUCAGGAUUUCUUAGAAAAAGAAGCACGCAAUCCACCAGAAAAUGCCAGAAGACAACUCGACCUGUUAAAAGAAGAGUUAUUUAAAGCUGAAGUAAUGAGAGAUGAUUUUAAAGCGAAACUAAUGGAACAAGAAAAGCAAAUGUUGACAUAUCAAGAAAAAAUUGCUGAAUUACAGAUAGCUGCUAAUGAUUCCUCAAGAUUAAAGGAUGAAGUAGAUGCAUUGAGUGAAUCCGCAGGUAAAGUUGUGGAUUUGGAACUAGCUUUGGCUUCAUACAAAAAACGAUUAGAAAAUUAUCAAGACAUAAAAAGAAGCUUGCAAAAAUUAGAGGAGAAAAAUAUGGAAUAUUUACAAAAGAAUUUAGAGUUGGAGGAAGAAUUGUCAAAAAAUCAUAGUUGGAAAGCACAAUGUGAUACAUAUAAAAAUCAAAUAGCAGAACUUCAACAGAAAUUAGACGAAGAGGGUCAAAAGGCCGAUAAGGCUCAAUUUAAUUUAGAAAAAUUGGAAGCAAGGGUUGUAGCGCUGCAAGGAGAAAAAGAACGUUUAAUCGUCGAGAGAGAUUCGUUGAGAGAAGAAAACGAAGAAUUAAAACUAGGUCCGAAAAAUGAAACCAGCACAGCGAUGUCGCAAGAAUUGACUCCUACAGAAAUGAAAGAAAGAUUACGAUUCCUAGAGAAGGAAAAUAAGUCACUGAGAAGUUCUCGUCAAGAGUUAGAAGCGAAACAGGCACAAUUAGAUAGUUCCUUAAAUCGUAUUGAAAAAUUGCAACAAAAAAAUCGAACUUUCCAUCAAACAAUUGUAAAGUUGGAAGCACAGCUGGAAGAAAUUAAAAAUCAAGCACAAGGUGAUAAUCAGGCUACUUCUAACAGCUCUGUUGUAAAGGAAUAUAAACAGAAAAUAACGACCUUACAAGAAGCGCUCAGUACGAAAGAAAACGAAUUGCAAAUUGCACAAACAAAAUACAACAGAAAUUUAGAAAAGGCUAGAGAAGUGGCACAGCAAUUUGAAUCUAAAGCCAAUGGAGGAAUUGAUAUAUCUUUAAGACAAUCGACUAUGAAAGAAUUAGAAGAACGGCUCCUAACCACAGCUUUUUAUAAAUUAGGUUUAACUUGUCAGCGUGAAGCAAUCGAUGAAAGAUUAGCUGCACUGAGUGCAGGUCAAGGUCAGUCAUUUUUAGCAAGACAAAGGCAGCCUACACCCAGGAAACAAAUACAGCGUUUUAAAUCGAAAUGAUGAAUAAUUUUAAUAUUUUACUUUCACAUUUGUUGUUUAAAAAUAUAUGGUAUCAAGUAUAUUAAAAAAAAAGUCUUUAUAUUAUACGGGCUUUUAUAUUGGUUGCCUAUUGGCUCCAAAGAAUGCUUUUAUUUUAAAAUGAGAAAAAAUCAUUUUAAAUUGCAAACAUUAAAUUUUACUUAAUCUGAAAUGCAUUAUAAAUGACAUUUUAUAAAAAAAGUGCCUCAGAGUGUAUUAAAAUUCUAGUUUUAUUUUACAUUGUGCAAUUGUUUUUCUGUAUGUCUGUUUAUUUAUAGAAUAGAAAUGUUUUAAAAUAUUAACUAUUUUUCUUUUACAUGUAAAAAUAUUUAUUUCAAGU